CCUUGCUGCGGUUGAGGCCACGAAGGUGUCGGUGUGAGGCGGACGGCAUGUGCAGGAACGGCGGCGGCGGGGCGGGGCUGUUGCCGCGCUGAAGGGCAAGGAAAGAGCCGGAGAUGGUGGCGGCCACGGUGGCGGCCGGGACCGGUGGGCCGCCGCUUCUGGCCGCCCUCCUUCUCCUCCCGCUGCUGUUGCCGCCGCCUCCUUACGCCGCAGAAGGGGCCGGCCUGGCGGAGAAGGUGAUCUGGGCGGUGAACGCGGGUGGCGAGGCCCAUCUAGAUGUCCACGGCAUCCACUUCCGCAAGGAUCCACUCGAGGGGCGGGUGGGACGAGCCUCUGACUAUGGCAUGAAACUGCCGAUCUUGCGAUCCAAUCCAGAGGAUCAGAUUCUGUAUCAGACAGAACGCUACAAUGAGGAAACUUUUGGAUAUGAGGUCCCCAUCAAGGAGGAGGGGGAUUAUGUGCUUGUGUUGAAGUUUGCUGAAGUCUAUUUUGCACAAUCCCAGCAGAAGGUUUUUGAUGUGCGUGUGAAUGGGCACAUGGUAGUGAAGGACCUGGACAUCUUUGAUAGAGUUGGGCACAGUACAGCCCAUGACGAGGUUAUUCCUAUCAGCAUCAAGAAGGGGAAGCUGAGUGUUCAGGGAGAAGUUUCUACCUUCACAGGGAAGCUCAACAUUGAGUUUGUCAAGGGGUACUAUGAUAAUCCAAAAGUCUGUGCACUGUAUGUCCUUCGGGGAACAGUAGAUGAUGUUCCAAAGCUGCAGCCCCACCCGGGCUUGGAGAAAAAAGAGGAGGAGGAAGAUGAAGAGGAGUAUGAGGAAGGCUCCAGCACUAAAAAGCAGACCAAUAAGAACCGGGUCCAGUCGGGCCCCCGCACACCAAACCCCUAUGCCUCGGACAACAGCAGCCUCAUGUUCCCUAUCUUAGUGGCCUUUGGUGUCUUCAUUCCUACCCUCUUCUGCCUGUGCAGGUUGUGAAAGACAAAACAGCAAGGCUGGAAGGGAAGGAGCCAGAGCAGACACAGCAGAUGUUUUGGUUUCUCCUCGUUUCUCAUAAUUUAAGGAAAAUAAAGGGUUGUUAAGGAGUACCAGGUACAAUCCAGGGCAAGUUUGUACCACACUCUUUGAGGAGGGUGUCCUUCAUCUCCCCCCUCCCCCUCAGCAGCAAGGCUUUGGGUCCUACACAGCCAUACCAGAAGCAGCCACCUGUCCUGUCCAGAGAAUCUUGAUGUGAAGACUGGAUACUUCUGGCUAAAAGAUGUUGCUGAACUACAGCCUUCCCUCCCCCCCAAGGAAAGGAAGAAGUAAAAAGAUGGGAAAUACUAACCAGGGAGGGCAGAAGUUCAGAUGUUGGCUUUAAAAAAGCAGACUUUGCCUUUGAGCUUCCUUGGAUGGAAUAAAACGUGUGCUAGAACUGCUGGGGGUGGGUGGGUUAGAUGGGCUUUUUGACAUUUGUAACUAAACUCAUGGUACUUCCUUUCUGUUAUGAAAGAGAGAAGGUUCACCCUUGCUGGAUGGUCUGUUGGAGUCAGGGUUGUCAUUAGAGCAGGGUGAGCAAGUUGACCUGAUUGAGUUGCUCAGGCUGUAUGAAACAUUCUUUGCUCGGUCACUGUAAUGCAAAACAGCUUCUGCCUUGCAGGCUCUUUUGUCAUGUCAUUUGUAACAUGGAUGUUUUUGUUUGUUGGGGUGGGGGUGCUCUUUUAUAUGUUACUUUCCGCUUCCAUUUUUCUCUCCACAGUAGAAAGACUCUUGGUCUGUCUCCUACUUUGUAUCAUGACAAGAACCUGAUAGGUAAACAGCAGUGGAUAUCUAGGAUAGCAGAGCAGGUUGUGUACUUUUCCAUGGGUUGCCUCUGAUUUCCUUGAGCCAGAAGCCUUGCCACCUUUGGAGCUGAAGAGACAUCUCUGCCUGUACGGGUGACGGGGGCCUCGGGCUCAGCUUUGUUCCCUGAUCUUAGAACUCUUUGAACUGCAUCUGGAACCUAAAAGACUUAAGUUCUGAUGGUCUAUGCCAUUUUCGCUUUCAAAGGGUUGGAUGUGUAUCAGCUGUACUCAUUUAAGUGCAACAUUGACAUAGUUCAAAUUAGUUCUUGAAAACUAGUGGCAUCCCUAUAAAUGCGAAAUGGAAGGUGGCCAGUAGUUCUUGUGUCUGUGGAAUAUCCACAACACAGUGCAAAGUUGGAUCAAGUGGGCAUCCACUCCUAAUUCUGCUAAGAGAUUUUGGCAUGUGUCUGAGAGGAAUGUUACUCAUUUUUCUUCUAGUAUGGGAAGAGCCAUGAGCAUUGAUGUGGUCUGUUAUAAUGAUCUUUCAUGGACCGACCCUUUCCAUAGAGACCUUUUUCACUUCAUGCCCACUAGAAAAUCAUCAUGCCCACCCUGGUCAGGUUAAUCGUUGCAAUGUGUUCUUCCCUGGACCUUUAAAUUUUCCCCAGCUAUAAGUUUCAGCACACCUCUGAAUGGCUUAAAAAGUGCAGCUCAAAGAUGUGAUAAUAGAAGGUCAUUCCGGUGCCAACAACUGAAUGUGCAUAAGCCUGACUGGCUACUGAUCCCUUCCAGGUACAGUGCUAGAGCAUGUGGGGAAUAAUGUUACAACACUAUUGCCAACAAAUGCAUUAAACAACCAUCUAUUCCUCUUCCUCCCCAACUUGGAAACACACUUCAAAGGAAAGCCUGUCUAAAUGUGAGCCUCUGCUGUGCUUUUGACCCCAAAAUGCUUUUUGGAUUAAACAUGACAGGAGAUAUGUCUUAAACCCCCCAUCCUACCUGUUAGCUUUCUGUUCCAGUUUUCCCCUUGGCUGUUGAACCUCAUCUAACACUUUGAGAAGCUGGUAAGAAUUAGGUACUUCUAGUUUAAGGUUGAGUGUCCUGUUACAGUACAUCAUGUUCGUUUGCCACAGUUGUUCCAUCUCCUUUUUUCUUCUUGCAAGUUCUAGACGUUGCUUAAAGCGACAGGAAGUAGUAUUUGCUUCAUUAGGUCCCAAAACUAUAAAGAGUGGAUUUGAAAGCCUUCAGCAAUAGCAAUUCUGGCUUGCUGACUUGGCCUACUUACUCUUCAUAGCAAGUAGAUGGUACAUGAGCUCAGAGGUACGUGAUCUUGUGGCCAUAAGCAUAGGUAAGGUGCUUUUUUUUAUCUGUUCUUACUAGCGUCUUUCCUGGCUAUGCUACACCCACUGUCAUACAAUUAUUAUUAUUAGUAGUAAUAGUAUCGUUCCUUUCUGGUUACCUUUUAGUUGCUGUUUAGAGGCUUGUUUACAUAUUUACUUAUGAGAAGGUUGUCUCAUCUCCCCCUUUAGAAUAGCCAGAUUCCUUCUAGGGUCAUCUUGUUUCCACUGUCUGCUGAUUAAAAACAAAGAAGUUCUGCAAGAACAGCCUUUCUUAGAACAGAAACAUUGCAGCUAUUAGUGGCACAUGGUAGAGUCUUGCAACCCUGGAUCUGUUACUCACUCUCUCCAGCCCUGCAUUUCCAUGCAUCAAAAAGACUGAUGGCUAUUGAUCACUUCAUUGAAUGAGCCCUGUCUACCCCCUUUCAGAGUGUUGUGACUCCCUUAAGGAGGAGGUUUGCUGUAAGGUAGCAGGCUUUGGCCUUGAAAAUGCAUGAACCAGACCGCUUCAAAAAGAGAUAUGGAACUUCUGCUCAGUCAUUAGGUGGUGGAGACUGCAGGAAUUAGCUCAUGUUGCAAGAGCUGACUUCCAUGAGGAAAUGCUGUAAUUUAUUUGGUUUGUACUUCAUGAUAAAUUGGAACAGGGCGCUGAUAGUAUCUGCUGAUUCAAAAGACAUUUCUUUCAGCAAGAGAACAGAUUCUCCAGUACCAAUGCCUAGGUGUGGGGAGAAAUAGCUAGCUAACUUUAUUCUGUACAUGUACUGUUCCAUUCAUUAUGUAUUGAAAGGCUGAGAAGUCCACCUUGCCUGGAAAUUGGAGUCCCCAGUUUUAUUCACACAAUAAGGAUGGUUCUAGUUUACUUUCUGACUUCAGUUGCUUUGGCGGUAAUGAGAAAGCCUGAAAGCUUCCUUCCUUCUCUAGUGCUUUUUAUGCUAUAGAGAGCUGUCCCAUUGGGAGUGUGUGUGAGGGUUCUUCCUAGUGGAAAUUAGAGGAAUGCCAAAGUGAAUGUAUGCAUUUGUUGUGCCUUUUUAUUUUGGGGUUAGUAAGAUGGCAACUUUUGCUUAUA